AAAAAAACUUUCCUAAUUUUAAUUUUCUACAUAUACUACUAUAAAUUCACACCAAGACAAAAUAAAAAAAAAAUUGAUAAAAAAAAUAAAAAUAAAAUUAAAGUCAUCAUCAAGUGAAAAAAAGAAAGGGUUUUUGAAGUCCCUAAAAUCAGCCUCACAGCCUCUCUUCUCUUCCUUUUUCCCCUGUCUCUCUCUCUCCUCCCCGUAGAGAGAGAAAAUUCCCCCAAACCAAAACCCUUUUUCCUUCAAAUUUCUUCAAUUUUCUCUCUCCUCUUAUCUAUCUAUCAAUUCAAUCUAUUCUAUUUAUCCCCUUUUUUUGUUAUCUUCAUCAGAUUCGUCGAAUCUUCAAUCCGCCGGAAAAUCCCUUUUUCCGACGUUUUUCAAUUCUUUGAAACCCUAAUUUUCUUCGCCGUUUCGCGUUUCGUGUAGCUAGCUGAGUUAUGCCGGCUGACCAGACCGUUAUUAGCUUAAGACCUGGUGGUGGUGGAGGCAAUCGAGGCCCUCGAUUUCUCGGACCCCGAUUUGAUUCUUCUUCUUCAUCGUCUUCAUCUGCUGCUGCUGCUUCUUCUGAUAAUCAGCUUCUUCGUCCUCAUGGCGGCGCUUCGCUUAAGUUUGGAGAUGCUCGAUUUGAGGGUCGUGAACGAGUCCGCUACACUCGAGAUCAGCUCUUGCAACUCAGAGAGGUGGCGGUGGUUCCUGAGGAAAUCCUAAUUGUGAAAAGAGAAGUCGAUUCUGAGCUGCUUGGUGAAGAGCAGAGUUGGAAUCGUGCUGAAGUCAUUCCUCCAAGCCAACCAACACCCCGUUAUUCUGAGCCUGAUAACCGGGAUUGGCGCACUCGCUCUACUCAGGUACCUGCCCCUGCAGAGGAGAGGUCAUGGGAGACGAUAAAAGACAGAGAAUUUGUCAACAGGGGCCCAGAUUUUAAUCGCCAGGAUCAAUUUAACUCACAGUUUGCAAGGGCAAAUAUUUCCUCGGGCCAAGGGGGUCCAACUCCAGCUCUGAUUAAGGCUGAGGUGCCAUGGUCUGUUAGAAGAGGCACCCUCUCUGAUAAUGACCGUGUUUUGAAGACUGUGAAAGGUAUUCUCAACAAGCUCACACCUGAGAAGUAUGAUCUCCUCAAGGAUCAACUAAUCGACUCUGGUAUCACAUCAGCUGAGAUCCUAAAGGGUGUUAUUUCUUUGAUAUUUGACAAAGCUGUUCUGGAGCCUACAUUCUGCCAAAUGUAUGCAAAGUUAUGUUCUGAUCUGAAUGAAAAACUUCCUCCAUUCCCAGCAGAGGAAGCUGGUGGAAAAGAAGUCACUUUCAAGCGUAUUCUCUUGAACAAUUGCCAAGAGGCAUUUGAAGGUGCCGACAAUUUAAGAGCUGAACUAAGGCUGAUGACAAGCCCUGAACAAGAAGCUGAACGUCGAGAUAAGGAAAAAAUGGUUAAACUCCGUACUCUUGGAAACAUACGUCUUAUUGGUGAACUUUUGAAGCAGAAAAUGGUACCUGAAAAGAUUGUGCAUCAUAUUGUACAGGAGCUUUUAGGUCCUGACAAUAAAACAUGUCCAGAAGAGGAAAAUGUUGAGGCCAUAUGCCACUUUUUCAAUACCAUUGGUAAGCAGCUUGAUGAAAACCCCAAGUCACGGCGUAUUAAUGAUGUUUAUAUGGCUCGGUUGAAGGAGCUGAGCACGAACAGCCAACUUGUCCCUCGUUUGCGUUUCAUGGCCCGUGAUGUUCUAGAUAUGCGAUCUAACAAUUGGGUUCCUAGGCGUGAAGAGGUCAAAGCCAAAACCAUUACUGAAAUCCAUACCGAGGCAGAGAAAAACCUUGGCUUGCGCCCUGGUGCUACUGCAGGCAUGCGGAAUGCGCGUGGUAUACUUCCUUCUCAAGGAAACAUUGGUCCAGGAGGAUUCCCUGUUAAUCGCCCUGGCACUGGGGGUAUGAUGCCUGGGAUGCCCGGCAUGCGGAAGAUGCCUGGAAUGCCAGGAAUGGACAAUGACAAUUGGGAAGUUCAAAGGAAUAGGUCAAUGCCAAGGGGAGUUGAUGCGUCUGCAUCCUCUUCAGGAGGGCGCUUCCAGUCAUCAUUGGUUGGCAAAACAACACCAAUGAACCCAAACCUCUUACCUCAGGGAAGUGGUGGUGUCAUUAGUGGUAAAACUAGUGCCCUACUGCAAGGAAGUGGUCCACCUGCCCGUCAACCAAGCUUUGGCUCAGGUAUGGAGCCCACUAGCCAAAUUUCCAAGGCCAAGCCCACCCCAGCUGAACCAGCAGCUCCAGUUGAGAAACCUGCUGCUGCUGCUACCAAUGUCAAGCCUGAGGAACUUAAAAGAAAGACUCUCUCUCUCCUUGAGGAAUACUUUAGUGUCCGCCUGUUGGAUGAGGCGCUACAAUGCGUCCAGGAGCUCAAAUCACCAUCUUAUCACAGCGAAAUUGUGAGGGAGGCAAUUAAUUUGGGAUUGGAUAAGAACCCCCCUCGUGUUGAGCAGGUUGCAAAGCUCUUAGAGUACCUGUUUUCCAAGGGAGUUUUCACUGCUAGUGAUAUAAGCACAGGUUGCUUGCUCUACGGUGCAAUGAUCGAUGAUAUAGCUAUUGACCUUCCCAAGGCUCCCAAUAAUUUUGGCGAGAUCAUGGGUAAGCUAAUUUUGGCUGGGGGAUUGAACUUCAGUGUAGUGAAAGAAGUCCUGCAUAAAGUAGAAGAUGAUAUAUUCCGGAAACCUAUAUUCGUUGCCACCGAGAGGGUGGUCGGACAAGGAGUUUUGGAAGCACAAGCUGCUGAUGUUGAAGCAUGCAGAGCCCUUCUCUGAAUGCCGGUUGGUUGUUCUUUUUCCCCCCUUUACAGUAGUACUUGAAAUUCAAUGUAGUCCACCGCAAUUAUCCAACGUUUUUCCUAUGAUUACAUUUUUGUUUUAUGCUUUUCACAAUUCCUCCCAUGUUUGAGGUCAGUACCCAUGUAUUACUAUAUACUGAGUUGGAGCAGUGAGGAUCUGGGUUUUUCUUUUAAUUGGCUGUAUAUUUUGCUCCAAAGGACUAAGGUCAUACUUGUAGGUUUUUUUCCAUUUUUUUUAAAUGUUUAUUUUUUGGGAUAUUUUUUUGGUCUAGAAGCUUAAACAUAAUGCCAUGGAUUUUGCUGUCAGGCAUGGCUGGAUUAUGUGUAAUUUUCACAUUUGGAUGGUUUGUCCUUGUGAAGGACUGAGUUUGUUCUGUAUUCGGUUACUUUCUGAAUUUUGUGAUAUCCUGACUUGGACAAGUUUUUGUUCUUAA